AUGGAUAAUUUUCCUGACGGGGUCUCUGCGCCGGAUCUCACUACAUUGUCAUACGAUGAAGCUGUUCCAUAUGAAUCACAAGUUCCCACUCAUCCAUCCAAUGAUCGAGAACGAUGUACAUUGCUCAACCGCAUAGGGAAUACAAAAGUGUACCUUCCCUCUGACACUGCCCAGGCAAGAAUUGCCAAGCUUUCAGAAAGUGACUCUGACACGGGAGUCUGUCUCUGUUUGACCCUGAAGCGCAAGCACACAGAUGGGGACGAUGAUAGUGACGUAGAUAUGGAAGAAGAAAAGACCUCGACUCUAAGAGCAAAUGCUUUGCUACUCACCGGUACCCCCAUUUCCCACCUGCCCACUGCCCGCAUCUUUGCAUAUGCUGCGCAUUUCGACACGCCCCCCAUAGGCCUUGAAUGGCUUGACGACAAUAGCUGCAUCCUCGUUUAUGAAUCAACUGCCGCUGCGCGCACUGCACAUCGGUAUCUCCAAAAAUCUGCGACAGAGGAUAUGGAUGCAGAUGGCUUCAUCACGGCAAAACCCAUUCCAAUUACCUUAUGGCCACCAGAAGAGCGAAUCACCAAGAGUCUGGGUAAAGGCCAAGGGCUAAAAGGUGUCGUACGCAUGCGUUGGGCUAAGGACGAUGAUGUAAAGAAGAAGGGCGCAAAGAAAGAAAGCAACUUUUAUAAGAAAUAUGGAGAAACCGCCGGGAAAGAGGAUGAGGGAGGGGAAGUAUCGCAGAAGAGAAGAAGGAGAGAUGAUUCAAUUGUACGACGUCGGUUGGAUGAUGAUCUUGAUGCGUUUCUUGGAGACGAUAAACCUUCCAAAAUGCGCUCCGACUAUGUGGGUGGAUCACGCAAAACUGUGGAGUGCACUUCUGCGUCCAAUUCUUCGGAGCUAAAAAAUCGUAUUUCUGCGCCGUUGCCGCGCCGCGCGAGGGGUCAGCUUUCGCACCGACUAGCUGACCCGUCAAUUGACGCUGAAGAAGACUGGCGCAGAGCGAGGGGUCGAGGGAGGAGAACACCACGUCCACAAAGAACGCAGCAAGACCUCGAUGAUGAGCUAGACGCUUUCCUGAACGAGAGGGAAUAA